AUGUUCGCAUAUACCGUUCAGGGGACGGUAUCACCGAUGCACGGUGCAGAUGGGGCUUCCAAGGGAGGCUCUGUUGCGCGUUCGCUAUUGGAUAAUGAAUCCUUUGAAGUGCGAUGUAUUACCAGAGAUGCGUCGUCCCCCCAGGCCAAGGCCCUCACAACCCUCGGUGCCAAAGUGGUUCAGGCUGAUGCCACACAACGCCUGGAGCUAGAGAAGGUACUUUUAGGAUGCUCUGGGCUGUUCGUGAACUACAGUGUCUAUGGCGCUGAUAUUGACGAAGCAGAACAACUGGGAAAAGACAUAUUCCUUGCAGCGGCUGCAGCGGGGAUAAAACAGGUUGUCUUCAGUUCUGAGCCUCACCCAGAGAAGCUGACGAGUGGCAAAGUUCCGCUUGAUUACUUGGAUGUCAAGGCACGAGUGUAUGAAUGGGUCUAUCAGACCCAGAAUUUCGAUUCUUUUACCCCCAUCAUGCCCGGAUGGUUCAUGGAAAACAUGCAGGAUUCCCUUAUGCAAACGCUGCUCGACGGAUUCCCCUCCAAAAAGGACAACGAAGGAUAUUUGACAUGUCGCUCACCUUUAUGGGGUGGGAAUGAAGAUGUUCCCUGGAUAAGUAUAGGAGAUGACUUUGGAGACUUGGUUCACGGUAUUUUCCUCGAUCCAAUUCGAUGGAAUCACCGACCCGUUCAAGCGGUUGCGGAUCCAAUGUCGUUUGGCGAAAUGACUCGCAUUUUCUCCCUUGGUACGUUCCCCCGGAAAGCAAACACCAGGCACCAUGAGCUCAUCUUCCACUUAGUCACGGGCCAAAAGACACGAUAUAUUCCAUGUGACCUUUCUGAGGUGGUGUUCGGGGUUAAAUAUGAUAACCUGAAGAACCAGGAUCCAAGUGCUUUGUUUCGAUAUGCUCAGCUACGAGAUGGUGAGUAUUACGGCAAUGGACCUACCGACAAUCGCACUGCCAAUCAGCUCAAGAAAGCGGCUUUCAAGGCCAAGGGAGGAAAAGGGCGAGAGACUCUUCUUACACUGCGGGAAUAUAUUGAGCGAGAAUUUACUUGA